GGCCACCGCCCUACAUAGCGUGGCUGGCGCUACGGCAGCGGGACUUGAGGCUGAGGCGGGCGGCUGUGAACUUGACCCUGCGGCGGCUGCGAACUUGGCUGGACCGACCCUAGGAUUUCAUGGCGGACAAGGAAGGCAUCCGGGCUGUCCAUGAAGAGGACCUGGAUGAGGUAGAUUUGAACUACAAGGCCCCAGAGAAGAAGACUCUGCAGGAGAUCCAGCAGCUGGACCAAGAUGAUGAGAGUCUAACCAAGUACAAGCAGGCCCUGUUGGGGCCCAUUCCUGAGGCUGUGGAUCCCAGCCUUCCCAAUGUGCAGGUGACACGACUGACUCUGGUGUGUGACCAGGCACCUGGACCCAUCACCAUGGACCUGACAGGGGACCUGGAAUCCCUCAAGAACCAGGUGUUUGUGUUGAAGGAAGGUGUGGACUACAAAGUGAAGAUUUUCUUUAAGGUCAACAAGGAGAUUGUCUGUGGCUUGAAGUAUCUGCACGUCACCUACCGUAAAGGGCUACGAGUGGACAAGGCCAUGUACAUGGUGGGGAGUUAUGGGCCAAGGACAGAGGAGUAUGAGUUUCUGACGCCCAUGGAGGAAGCCCCCAAGGGUCUGCUCGUUCGAGGCACGUACCACAUCAAGUCUUUCUUCACGGAUGAUGACAAAACAGACCAUCUGUCCUGGGAAUGGGACCUCAACAUAAAGAAAGACUGGAAGGACUGACCCCCACCCCCAACCUGCCCUCUACCCCCUGCCCCACCUGCACCUGCCUCAGCCUCCACUGGGGUCUAAGGUCACCCUUGGGCCAGGACACCCCCCGGCCAGGCUGUCAGAGACCUCGCCAGGGGGCUGAGAGCCCACGGUUGGAGCACUAGGUGCGGGUCCCUCUUCCUUUCCCCUCUCAUCUUGGGGCCUUCCUCUGGCCCCCCCCCCCCCAGCAUCACCCUCAGCCCAGGAAGGGGCUGGCUUCCAUUUCCUCCCCCCGGCUCUCCCCCAUGCCCAAGCCCUUCCUUCUCCUUGGAGGUCACCUUUCCGGGGACCUAGCACAAUUCCCCUACCCCAAUAGGGAUUCCAAAGCACCUGGCCUGCUCUUCCUCCAUGCCGUCCCCUCCCAGCCAUCGGAGCUCAGUAGGAAGGGGCAGUUCCACCGCUCUUCCCCUCAGCCCGUCACAAGACCCCUUCGUGUCUGCCCCAGUUAUAUAAGCCCCGUCUCUUGUGGUCCCCUCACCCUGGUCCUCCCCACUCAGGGUCCAGCAGCCAUAUUCCUGGAGGAGGCUUCCAGGGACAGGCGGGGAGAGAGUGGAGUGGAACAGGCGGGGAACAGUAUAAGCCUUCAGCCAUCCCUGCCACCGCCGGGGGCUUGUGUCUGUAACCAAAGCUCAUCAGAAUUGCCUUGUGUCCCUGCCCCUCGCCUCCAGCCCGUCACACUCCUCCUCCCGGCCCCCGCCCCGCCCGGCCCCCUGUCUGUGUUCUCCACUCUUCCCAUUAAACGUCAGCGUUUUCUGUC